GGAGUAGUGGAUGAGGGAAGACAUAAUGGCGGGGGUGGGUUGAGAGAUUAAUUAAGGGAAUGGAUGGAUGGAUGGAAUUUAUUUCGCCCGGAGGCGCGAAGCCAAUUAAGGGAAUGGCUAGUUCUCACACCGCCACGGCUAUAUAGCACAGCGCUAUCCCCGAUUAGGGAAAGCUCCCGCGCCGCCCUGCAGCAGUACAAGAGUGAAUUUCCUGCCAGCUGCCAUAGCUUACUCAACCUGUCCAAUGGUCAAUGCAAAUAACUUUGGCUCGUUUCCACUGCUUUUGUGAUAUAACACCAACGGGUCAAUAUCCACCACCGACACAAUACCCGUUGGACAUCGAGGACAUGCAAGUUGCUGCCGCCGCUACGACGCCCGUCACACGAAAACCCGUGCCGGCAGUUUCCGCAACGAGUCAGAUGCCAUCUCCCGCACCUGGGGGACAAGAGUUGAGUGGACAACCGAUUCGUCGUGAACUAGGUGGGACGGAACUCCAUCCGUUCCUGGAGAUGGCGUUUUGGAGACGGCGGAGUACAUGCGCAUCGUGUAGCCAUUGGAUGAUGAUAUUAGAGAAGGGGGGAACAGUAAAAGAGAUAGUUUGAUGCCUGAGCUGUUGAUGAAUCCCUGUGUAUAUUGGGUUGGGAAGCAUUGUGACGCUUGGGCGACCAGUGAGCCAGUGGUGGAUUUUUUU